AUGAAUAUUGGUGAAUAUAUGGACAAAGGUGUUAUAUGUGAGUUGAAAGGCAAGUAUACGCUGCACUGGAAUUACAGAGGUCUCUCGAAGUUGCCCGUUGAAAUUCUCUAUCAUGGUGGACAUGUUCAAGAAAUGUACCUGAAGUGUAAUGAUCUGAAACAAUUACCUGUUUGGUUGGAUAAGCUAGAAAGUUUGAGGCAUUUGUACCUACAUGGGAACAGGAUUUCUGAACUGCCUAAAAGCAUCGGAGGCAUGUUAUCAUUGACUACGCUCGAUUUGCAAAACAAUUGUUUAUGUGAUUUGACACCUUCCAUUGGAGAUUUGAAGCAUCUUAAAGUUUUGAAUCUGCAAUAUAAUUAUAUAAAGAAAAUCCCCAAAGAGAUCAGAAAGUUAAGAUCACUUCUACUUCUGAAUUUGAAGGGAAAUCAGUUACAUGAAAUUUGUGAUGAAGUGUGUAGCUUGAACAGCUUAAGAGAACUUAUUCUUGAUGAAAAUAAAAUCACUGCACUGCCGAACAACAUAGUGUACAUGCCUAAUUUAUCGUACCUUUCACUAGAUGGAAAUCAGCUCAAAUACUUACCUAUGGUAAAGUUUUUGAAUAAACCCAUGUUAUCAAUUGCAAAUAAUAAGUACUUAAACUAUGUGUCGUAUGAUUUGGGUUGUUCGAUGACGUCCCAUAGUACAAUGCUGGUCAACUGCGAUCUUUGGCACUUCAAUUGUGCUGGGUGUUUUAAAGAAAAUUUGGAUAUUUCCUGUGGCAACACUUUAGAAAUUCCUUCAUUUAACACAAGGAUAGCUCUUCCACCCAUGCUGAAAAAAGUUUAUGAUGAGAAUACCAAAUUUAUUCCAUCGUUGUAUGAACUAGCACUGAGGAUAGGAUAUUCAUUGUAUUUUUGUAUUCACGACUUGAGAGAAUGUUUGUGUACAGAAGAUAUCGAAAACAUACCAUCGGAAUUAGCGACAAUGUUUUCAUCUGGUCCAGUUGCAUCAUGUCAAUAUUGUUCAGGGCCGAUUUUUACAGAAGCAGUGUUGUGGGUAUUCCCACGAUAUUUACUCCACAUAAAACCAGAGUGGCCAGAAUUCUUCUUGGCAGUUAUGUGUUUCUGCACACAGAACUGCAGUCUAAAGUUUAUCGAUAAUGAAAUUUUCAUCAAAGAAUAUAAUGAAAGAAUGAAUGUAGAACUUAUUAAAUGGAGUAUUGGUUAA